GUACCUGAACAGGCUGAAGAACGAUGAGGAGGCGUGUGUUGCAGCUCUUCAGGAAGGUUCUGUGUUCUUGUUCCACCACCUGGUUCCGCUGCUGCAGGGCGGAGCCAGAGGAACCCUCUCUCUGGCUCCUCUCACCUGCUCAGAUGUUCAGUCGGUUCUGGAGAACCUUGGUUCUGACGGAUCCCUGCUGAAGGAGUCGGUUCUGGUUGGUUGUUCAGAACAGAACCGGGCUCAGUUCUGUCUGGAUGUGGGAGAACUGGACCGAGCAGCAGUCGAAGCAGAGUGUAACGGAACCUUCGUGGACCUGAGGAAAGCCUUCUUUCUUCUGACCGAACCCGAGGCACCUCUGGUGGCCAAGGCUCAGGCUCUGCUGCGCUGGCACCAGGUCAACAGGUUCUGUGGAGCCACAGGGCAGCCGACCCAACGGAACCGGGCUGGCAGCCAGAGGGUCUGCAGCGGCAGCUCCAUCAUCUCCUACCCACAGAUGUCUCCGGUGGUUCUGGUUCUGGUGUCUGACGGGACUCGGUGUUUGUUGGGCCGUCAGUCGUCCUUCCCUCGGGGGAUGUACAGCGCCCUCGCUGGCUUCGUUGACAUGGGUGAGGGUCUGGAGGAGGCUCUGUGCAGGGAGGUGGCAGAGGAGGUGGGCUUGGAGGUCCAGAACAUCUCCUACAGCUCCUCACAGCAUUGGCCUUUCCCUCACAGCUCUUUCAUGCUGGGCUGCCAUGCCACUGUUAGCCCCGCCCACUCUCAGCUGAACGUGAACCAAUCAGAACUGGAGGAUGCUCGCUGGUUCACUCUAGAGGAAAUUACCUCUGCCCUGCAGGUGGAGGCUCCGCCCAGGAGAGGGGAAGAUCCCGCCUUCUGGCUGCCUCCCAGACACGCCCUCGCCAACCGCCUCAUCACAGAGUGGAGGGAUCGCCAGAGACACAGAGAGGACACGCCAAGGACGUCACAUGACAACUGAACGCAUCAAUGAGCUGACGACACGUGUUCCUGAUUUAUAAUCCAGACACGUGUUCCUGAUUUAUAAUCUGGACGCUUGUUCCUGAUUUAUAAUCCGGACGCUUGUUCCUGAUUUAUAAUCCGGACGCUUGUUCCUGAUUUAUAAUCCAGACGCUUGUUCCUGAUUUAUAAUCUGGACGCUUGUUCCUGAUUUAUAAUCCGGACGCUUGUUCCUGAUUUAUAAUCCAGACACGUGUUCCUGAUUUAUAAUCCAGACACGUGUUCCUGAUUUAUAAUCCAGACACGUGUUCCU